UUUUUUUCAUAGAAUCUCGUUUUAGAGAGAACAUUGCGUGUUCGUACCACAUUACUGGCGCUAUUACGAGGGGAACGACUGUCCUCCGGUAGAUGGCUAUAAUGCGUCUCAGAGUCAGAAGAGGCUCUACCGAAGACUCUUCAACUCCCUCAACAUUUUCAAAAGAGCAACAGUGCAUAAGAAAAGAUGGAGGCUCCACCUGUCACUGUGAUGCCAGUCACUGGAGGAACUAUCAAUAUGAUGGAAUACCUGCUACAAGGCAGUGUGUUGGACCAAGCUCUGGAAAGCCUCUUACAUCGCCUCCGAGGUCUGUGUGACAACAUGGAACCUGAGACCUUUACAGAUCACGAGCUGGUUUACCUUUUAAAAGGCCAACAAGGCAACCCUUUCAUUCUGCGUGCCAGGCGCUCCCUCUCCCAUCCCACGGCUCCAUGGCAUCUGCGCUACCUGGGCCAACCCGAAGUGGGGGAUAAGAGCCGCCACGCCCUUGUACGCAACUGUGUUGACGUGGCCGCCUCCCACAGCCUGCCGGAAUUCCUGAAUGAGAUGGGCUUCCGCAUGGACCAUGAGUUUGUUGCUAAUGGACAUAUAUUUCGCAAAGGUGCAAUGAAAAUUGUAGUAAGCAAGUUGUCACGGAUCCUGGUACCAGGGAACACCGAGAAUACAGAGCGUUUAUCACUUUCCUAUUUGGUGGAGUUGAGUGUGUUGGCUCCAGCUGGCCAGGACACUGUUUCAGAGGACAUGCGCAACUUUGCUGAGCAGCUAAAGCCGUUAGUGCAGCUGGAGAAGAUUGACCCAAGCAAGCAGAGACAUUAAAAGCAUAAUUAAGGGUGUCUUUGAAUGCCAUGGACUUUCUUUAGUGUGUGUGUUUGCUUUUUUACGAACGUUUCUCCUGUCAGCACAUAUUGUAUGGUUUAUUAAUGGUGUGAAAGGUAAAUUGUCAUACUAUAAUCUUAUCUCUCUGUAAAAUGUAAUGUUUAAAUAGGAACUUUCAUCUCUAAAAACUUCGAGGUUUUCUACUGAAAUAGAUUAUCUUGUCAAUACACUUCUGAUUUUAUUAACCAUUUUAAUCCACUAGGGGUCUCUGUUGCUCCUUGUAACUCGGUCUCAGAACAAACUGAACUACCUUAGAUCAUCUACAGGAGCUGUGGUUGCCAUGGAAAUAAUUAGCUGUGAGAUCUGCACCCCCCACACACACUCUAAUUAGCUUUCUCAAUUGCUUAAUGAUACAUAGACCUGUGAAAGCCUUUCUUUCUUCCCUUCAACAAAAGCAUUGAUUUUCCCUCUCUUCCUCUCUCAUUUCUGCUGUUAACCCAUUAGUGCCUCUUUCAUGGGAACUUGAGCUGGGACUAUUACACAUGAAAGCACUACAGCUGCCUCAGGUUUUUCACUCUUCAUGCUGAAAUCUAACAUUGCCUGUAUGCUACUGUGGCUACAUGGACAAUAUGCUGUGCAGACUGAAGUAACUGAUGCACAUCCUGUCAGUUAUGAUAAUAGUGCAGGUAAUAAGGCAUGAGUGCUUCUAAUAAUAUCCCUACAGGAAGAUGCAUUUGCAGGGGUUGCAAUGUAAAGUGACCAUGUGCAUGUUUGAAUCAAGAGCUUGAGACUGUCUCAGUACAUUGACCUACCUGUGUAUCAACACUGGUGAGAGUAAGCAUGCAGGAGUAAAGGUGACAAGACACUGCUUCCACUUACAUUUGGUUCAACUUGAGAACUUCUUUUGACAAUACUCUUUAACUCUAGGGUAUUUUUCUGACACUUUGUAUUAUAAUGGCAAAUUAUUUAGUUCCCAAAUUGAACCUAAUUCUAAGUUUUGUUACUGUGCACAUGAUGUUGCCCUCAUUGAGACAGAAUUAUCUGAUAGAGACAGUUUUAUGUUGCAGCAAGUAGAAGCAGACGACUGGCCCUUAGGAGUAAAGCAUGAUAUUUCAACUCUGAGUAAAUUAUGUAUUGAAGAGGCAGAUGCUUUCUUGCCCAAGGCUUUAUACGUCCAGCAUGGAUAGACUACAGUCUGCUGGCUUUCUUCCACUUAAACUUGUGUUUAGCACAGUGCUCUUUGGUGAUGAGCUGGACUCCCACUGCACCUCCACUCCACAUUGCCUGGAGAAGAGAGGCAUAGCUUGGCUAAUCAGUGUCUUGGCAUCAGGCCUACUCGGCUAUUGUGGAUGUAGCCAACCACUGACUUGCGCAAGUGAGGAUUGAACUUUUUGCCAGAAGCCAUAUGAUAUGUUGUAGCAUUUAUUUCAAGAAAUUGAGACCAGAGUGACAUCCUCUUUCAACCCACACAUGCAACCAUGAUCAAGUCUGUAAAUAGGGUUUAAUAGUGUUAAAACAUAUCAUCUUUGAUGAUCUUUGUGAUCUUUCAACUGAUCAAGUUUUAUUAUGGUAAAGUUUAAUAGUUUAAUAUCUCGAGUCAUUUUCUCAAAUAGUUAGAUUUAAUUUUACUGUUUAAUCAUAUAGUUUACCAGCUUCAGUUUUUGAAAACUGCAUAUGGUUCACUUUGAAUGUAAUUCAUUUUGAAAACAAGAUCUAUCUACUGCUGCAUAUUAUUCAAUUAAUGUUUAGUCUUUAAAGCAAAUGAACAUUCACAAAUGUUCAAAGGUGCCCCGGUGCACAAGGUACGGCAAUAUCAGGUUGCUUGUUGUUUUAUCCAAAUACUAAAAUUUUAAGUUUAAACUGCAACAGAAAGGAGUUCACAUACAUUUCAGCUAUUGUUAUACUGUAGACACCUGUUGAUAUUAGGUACACUGUACUAGUAGACUGCAGUGUCCCAUCUAUGGAUGUGGAUGUGGGUUUUUAGAGUCAGUGCCACAAGGAUUCCUGCUCUGUCAUGUCAGUGCUGUAGAAUUAAAAUGUAUUUGACAUCAGUUUGUGAUAAAACAAUUAAGCCUGC